AAGAUGGUCGCCAAGCAGCGGAUCCGGAUGGCCAAUGAGAAGCACAGCAAGAACAUCACCCAGCGCGGCAACGUAGCCAAGACCUCGAGAAAUGCUCCCGAAGAAAAGGCUUCUGUCGGACCCUGGCUGUUGGCUCUUUUCAUCUUUGUCGUCUGCGGCUCUGCGAUUUUCCAGAUUAUUCAAAGUAUCAGGAUGGGCAUGUGAAGUGACUGAACCUUAAGACGUAUCCAUUCUCCUGUGAAUUUUAACUUGAACUCAUUCCUGAUGUUUGAUACCCUGGUUAAAAACAAUUAAGUAAAGCAUCCUGCCCAGAAUGACUUCUCAUAUCAUCCUUCAUGUGUCAUUCCAAGGUUUCUUCACAAGUCAUUCCAAGGUUUCUAGUCCAUGCCACACAGUGCCUUGCA